AUGGAGAGUUACCACGCGGGCGACGGCGCGGGCAAGGCCGGCGCGCGCUCCGGCAGCGGCUCGGGCGGCGGCGCAAGCGGCAGCGGUGGAGGCGCCUACAAGGAGCGCGGGUCGUCGUCCCACGGCGGGCGCAGCGGCGGCUCAAGUGGCAGUGGCAGCUACCAGUCCUCGGGGCGCGGGCUGCCGCGCCGCGGCUCGUCCAACUCGGUGGGCGGCGCGUCGUCCCGAGACCGCGAGCGGGAGCGCGACCGGGACAGGGACCGGGAUCGGGACCGCGAGCGCGACAGGGAGCGCGACCGAGACGGCCGCAGCCGCCCGCGCUCGCGCUCCAGGGACGCGGGCGGCAGCUCGCGCGAGCGGCGCAACAGCGGCGGCAGUCGCAGCUCCUUCGCGGCGGGCAGCAGCCCGGCCGUGCGCCUGCGCGAGCGCAAGAACCUGCUGCUGAUGCACCGCACGAGCGCGCGCCGCAACGACCUGACGCCCGCGGACGCGGCCACGCGCGUGGUCGGCAUGGACGUCAAGUACAUGAAGGACCCGGAGCGCCCGUACAUCACAGACAAGCUGGCCAUGUUCCCGAGUGUCUUCCCGACGAACGCCAACUUUCCCGAGGAAAAGUUCCGCUUCCACGCGCUGCGCAACGCGGCGUUCGUGAGCCCGCUGCCCAGGGGCUUCAACCAGCAGUGGCAUCUGCAGUACUCGGCGUUCACGGACAAGAAGCUGGCCAUUUUUGAUGAUCUGACGAGGGCCACGCGCGCGAUUCUCCGGUUACGUGACGGCGCGGAGGACGGUAAAAGUGGAAGUGGGGAUGCGGCCACACCCGCCGCUGCUGGUGCUGAAGAUGGAGCAGCGGUGGCGGCGACUGCGGCUGUGCAGCGCGCGUUCACGAAUUAUUUGAUGCGGCACGUGCGACGGAUAGAUGACCGCACGAGCCACAUCUGGAUGAGCGAGCUGGCGAGUGGUGCGCGCAGUGCAGCGGAGCUUACGCAGGCCUAUGGAGUUCCGUUCAAGCAGUGGCGAGCUGUUCCGGGCGUGUCCAAAUGCCCUUUGCUGGAGUUUGUGGUGAAGUACCGACCUGGAUAUGCCGAGGCGACGUGGUUUGUGCGAAUUAAUGUAGUAUACACGGAAAUGCGGGAGCUGGAACGAGACAGCGCUUUGCGGACUGGUGACUGGUUUUUCAGCCCGCGACGGAACCAACGGCGGAAUCAAGGGUGGACCGACAAGCUAAUCGAUUAUUUGCACUCAAUCGCACGGCAGGCGGCGCUGGAUACUGGAACAGGGGCAGAAAACAGAUCGCAGGACGUACCGGCAACAGCAAACGCUGGAGCUGUUUCAGGUGUCCCUGCGGCUCCUAACAGCGGUGGAGUGGACAUGUCUCCACCAUCACCACUGACGUGGCACGAGAAGUGGUCAUACGUGCUGAAGUUAUCGGAGUAUCAGUUCAAGAUGGGGCUACUGGACCGGGUGCAUUAUUUUGAUGGUUUAUUGUCGCUGUUGCAAAAAUCACUCACUCCACGGUCGCGGUCGAAUGGCACCCGGUGCUCGGCUGUUUUGGCCCUCGGGGUGAACGGGAUCAUGGAAUUAAUCUCUGUGGUACAAAAGCUGCUACCAGAAAUUUUGCUGUCCGCGGAUGCCGUGCUGUUGCUGGUUAAAACAGUAUUGCAGCAUCUUCGCUACCUGCUGCCGCCUGGUCGACCUGUGCCCGCAGAAACUACAGGAAGUGCACUCCAGGAGGAGAUUCUGGUUGCUUUGUGCCAGUUGCUACGUGAUAUUUUGCUGAAUGGGAAUGACGUGCUCGUCCGUCUUGAAGAUAAUGCAUCUCCGCUAUGGCCAGCCUUCGUGUUCACCGAUCGAUUUUUCAAUCGCGACGCAUAUGGGGCUACCGCUAUUCAGGCAUGCAUCGAACGUUGCCAGCGAAAGAACAGAGAGGUUGCUGGUCGUAUUUUACGACUACAGCAGGCGUGUCCGUCGCUGAGCUCUGUGGGUGGAGGUCAGGUUCUUGCAGCGACGAUGCGUAACGAGGCACAGAUCCUGCAGACCCUAGAUCGUUUCCAUCGUGUGGACUCGACCUCAGAUUUGCACCGCGUAUACAGCGAGGUAUUCAGCCCACUUCCCACUGUAAGCUCAAGUGGUAGUGUGUCCCCAGCAGAGCUCCCGGUCGAUGUAGCUGCACUCUUUCUCGUGUGUGAAUGGGCAGUUACGAACCAGCGACCCGCGGAGUACCGGUAUUUGUCAGCGCUUGCGUUAAUCGAGAUGCACAGCAAUGCGCUUCUAGAAUACGGCAAAAGCAAAGGGCUGCUUCCUCAUUGCGGACCAAAGGAUCACCAAUUAGUUCUUCAGAGCGCGCUGCAGAAUUUCCUGCACCGUUAUGAGCCCAAGGUCAUUACUGAAGUCACACAAGUCAUCGAGCUUUUCUGUUUACUGGUUCGGCGGCGAUUAUUCAGUGUUGCAAGCUUCGUCGAGUUCGCGUCCUGUUGUAAUGAAGCAGCAGCCAGUAUGAGCAACAGCCCGUUGCUCACUCUUGCGGCAGGAGGCUGUGGCAAUAAUGGGAUCGCCAAGCGCAAGGAAUCGGCGCCCGUGGUUCACACAGCUUACAACAUCGAGUGUUCACCUGGAAGGGGGUACAAGUCGAGUGAUAUUCACCUUCUUUCCUCGAGCGACCGACUGAAGUUGUACCUAUGGCAGCUGCCCCGUAGCGCAUUCCCGUUACCGACGUGUGUGCCCAUGCUUCCGGAUGACAGCUACGAUGGCGAAGUGAACUACCUGCGUUGGCUUGAAGUUAUGGAGCUGCGUCGCGAGCAUCUCAGCUACUCGAAGACACUUGAACGCGCCCAAUCACUGUGCAUCUACGUGUUUCACACGCAUGGCCAGGCUAACGAUACACCGAUGGUUGGGACACCAGGUGCUGCAGGUGCAACUCCUGCUGCUGGUAGCGCUAGCUCGGGGGACACCAGUCGUGUGAUGAAGGAAGUGGAAUACCAGGGCAAGGUAGGAGAGCUAGUUUCAGCUGUGAAGACCAUGUGCGGCCACGACAAGGGUCGGUUCACGCGCUGGUUCUUGCACAACAUUUACGAAGAGGCUACGUUCUUUCGAUUCUCGGAUUAUGGCAGUGUGGAGCAUGUGAUGCGGCUUGUGUGCCUGGUGCUAGAAAUUGUGGACAUCUUGGCAUUGCUCGAGGUACUGGUGCACUUCCUGCGACGCUCGCCCUGCUUCCUUGUGAAGAAUGUGGUUCUGGCGAUGAUUGAACGUCACGAGCUAGCGUUCUGCGCCACCGACCAGAUUCCGUUCUUGCUGCAGUCCUUCGUGGACCGUUUCCAUCGGAUCCCCAAAAAUGCUGACGACAAGGCUGGCAACGUGGCUCAGUUCUUCUGCAGAAUGUAUUACGCACAUAUCAAGAAGAAAGAAAUCGCGAAGCUGGACUUGCCGUUUGCUCUGCUCAAGCCGAUUGCAGAGACCGCUCGAAAGAACCAGGACGCUGCUGCAGCUGGUGUAAAUGGAAACGCCGCGGCAAAUGGGAAUGGAGCGAAUGGAAAUGGCCAAAAGAAUAAGGAGCUGUCACUGGAGGCGACAAAUCCGAUCGUGCGAAUCCCUCCACCCCGCGAAGUUCUGCCCCCGGAGCUAAAAAGCGCUCUAGCGAAGUCGUUCAAAGCGCUGCAGGCUCGUGCCUUUGAUGGCCCUGGCGCCGACGGAAAACAGACGCCAGCGACCCCUGGCGCUGGCAGUAGCACGCCGUUGCAGAGCCCUAACAGCAUGAGUCAAGACGCUACAUCUACUGAAUCAGUGGCAGCGUUCGAACCCAAUUACGCGAGCUUGUCCUGGCAGGAGGUGGUUAGUGAGGCUACCCCUACUGCAGAGGCCAAGUGCCGUGAUAGCGCGAUUGAUUUCGCAGUGUCCACUAUCAAUAUGAGCAUGACGUCGUCCUCUGUGGGCUCCACAAACGCCAAUGCCACGCGGGAGCGGCGCACGCCUAAUUACGUAUUUUUCUUCCGGGCUGUGCUUACCGAAGCCAUGGACAAGUGGAUGGCUAACAUCUCCGCGCGCAUCAAGUCCAACUGCAAGCGGCCCAUCACUACACCGCAUUACGUGCACCGCUGUGUGCGCCUUAUUCGUGAGGUCGUGGAGCAGCACCCUGACAACGGUGAGGAGUUCAAUGAGAAGUUCUCGAACACGCUGGUUGUGUGGCUGCAAAAGGAAGUCUUGCCAGGCUUCGCCGGGAGUGAUACGCCCAAGCGCUCGCGGAACCCGUUCUUGAAUGCCGACAACAGCAAGGAGGCGUUCGCGCUCAACCAGAAGGGCCGCCUAGAUCGACUGCAGUACGGCCUCAAGAGUUUUCUCGUAUCUCUUGUUGUGCACAAGGUGCUAGAUCUCUCCCAGGUGCUACGACUAGUGCUUGUUCCGCUCUUCCCGCGACUGCGUCGUGCCUCACGUGACCCACCGCCGAACCUGCCGACACAACUCUUGGCUAUGGCGCUCGUUUUCCAGCUCUUUUCAGAACCCCCUCAGAAUUUGCUACUUGAUCCCCAAAAGGUGGUUAUGUUCGACGAGCCUCUGACCAAGUAUCACCUGCGUUUCCUCCGCACCCAAGUGCCGGCGUGCUUGAUGUUUCCACUGUGCUUCUUGUUGUGCCAAAUUUCGUAUCAGAUGGAAGACAAUUUCUUACUACGCAAGCGUGAGGAACGUGGCACACUGGCAAGCACGACACUGUUCAACUUGACAUCGGAUGGCAUCGUUCGCGAUACGAUUUUCCAUGACACGAAAGAGGCCCGCGAAAAGCACAUUCUUCCGGUGUAUCACAAGAAGCAGUGGCACACGGCGGUGCUGCUGACGCACUUCUUCCGGCCGCCGACGUCGCCGGCAGAAGACGGCAAUGGACAGGUGCAACUACUCAAGGUGGACCAGAUCAUUGAUCAGAUGAACGUCUGGACGCUUCAUCGUGGCGGCUCCAUCUACUUAGACUUGCAGAUGAGCAGGCAGCAACAGAAGGUCAAGCGCUCCAAGCGACGCACACGACACCAACGCCAACAGGCACAGAACCAGCAGCAGUCAGCACCCAAUAAACGAAAGGCGCCGGCAGGAGAACUGUCGACGCGUUCCACCAAGAGAGCAGCUGUGGAGAGCGUGGUUCCAUUCGCAGUCAAUGGCUUCACCGACAACAAGACUUAUCUCGGUGCUCAAGGAGAUAAAGACCUUUCCUUCGGCGGCAGUCUGCUUGGAAACAACUUCUCAGAUGGAGAGGAAGAUGCCGACGAGGAGGACCUUGAGCUGGAGUUGGGAUUCGACGAGGCGAGCAGUGCCACGGAGAUUCUAUCGAGUCUGAUCGUGCUGCGAACCCUCAAGCGCAGCUCGCGCCCGCCUCCUGGGGUAGGAUCGACUUCGUUGUCAUCAUCCUCUACGACGUCGUCAACCGUGCCAGUGCCCCAAACUACUUCCGCAACUAUCACCACGCUCUCAUCGUCGUCCCCCCUUGCGACUCCAAAGCUGUAUGGUACACCUCACCAUGUGCAUCCCGGAGAGGGGGGCGAGGGCAAGCACCGCGGGGGUACACCAGGUCCAAGCGACGGUCUUAAGAAGAAGGCGCCGACUCCUGCACUACCGAUGACUGUUGCCGCUAUGCAGAGUGCGUUGACCCCAUGCGAAGCUCGCAUGCUGGAGGCUGCUCGGGAGGCCCAAGACUCAGCGGUGGCAUCCCUCUACGCUGCAACCGUCUGCAGCAUUUCCAGGCGCGCAAUGGGGUCCGUGAUUGCGAAGAUCCUGCAGAUUCUGGAGGACGACGUCAAGCACACGCUCCCGGACAAGUUUGCUCGCCAGCUGAACACUACAUCAGUUGUGCAUCUCGUGGGUGGCAUCAUGUGCACUCCACCAGGCAAUGCAUUUCUGCCCCGCUACAUGAUGUCGCUGGCUGCCCAGCUCGAGUGGCUGUACGAGGGGUGUAUGCUUUACGACAAGCAGCAGCAAUCCUCAUCGGGAGAACCUGGUUUGCGUAACAGUCUCUUCCUUCGGCGACUGCGUUGCAAACUGGCUGUGCGGCUGCAGCUCGUUGGCGUGAUCGGACCCAGCAAGCACGCUGUGCUGACCAUUUGCUAUCGUGACCGCAUCGUGAAGACUUUGUUCGCGCUGCUAGGAACGUCAGUUGUCUCGACUGGCCCUGGGCUUUCGCUUUUUAGCUGGAUUUUGGACCUCAUUCCAGUCGUCAACGCGUCUGUCCUCCACGACAAGCAAUUUGAACUUGUGGAAGCUCUACAAUUACCGGACGAGCUUAAGCGACGUGUUUGGUCGGUGCUACCACGACCUAUGAACAUGUUCGGCGCAGCGAAUGUGUUUGUCGGUCGCACCGCGCCAACGUCUGCGCAAGCGGACGCUGCUGCGAGCAUAAAGCCGGAGUACGCACCCGUGGAUCCAUGGGGGUUGCUGGAGCAUGUGCCUCAGCUGCCUAGCGAUGCUCUUGUUCCCCCUCUGCCUGCCCAGAUCCCAAAGCGGCCGCGGCGAGUAUUCCGGUGUGUGUAA